UUAUUACAUUACGCUCAUUGGUGUUUUGACCCUUAAGUUUUAAUAUUAAUAUUGAGUAAAUGUGCGGAUAGAUUAUAAAUCAUUGCAUAUAAACCAUUUUAGCUAUUAAAAUAGUUUAUACUGUUGAUAAGAGCUAAUCAUUGUACAUGUAAAUGUAUAUAGCAAGAAAAUAUAAAGAAAAAUACGUUUUCAACGCCUUAUUUCCUUACUGAACACUUUUAAUCCAUAUUGAUGACAGCUAAUGUAGAAUUCUUAAAAAGUUUAUCAAACUCUGCAAAGAAGUCAUUACCUCUGUUUAUGUAGUGAUUUGAAAUAUUUUAUACAGUUUUUCCAUCAUACUUGAUUUUGAAAUUGACUUUAUUCAUUGGUGUGAAUUUAUUUCACCAUGAGUCAGUUUCAUGCUGAAGAUGUGAAUGUUAAUCCAUCAUGUGAUGUACAAUCUUCAAGAGAUAUUCACCAAAAUCCUGGCACACCACAACAAGAUAUUAUUGACAAACCAGAUUCUCAAGAUUUACCCAUUAGGUCUAAUAACUCAUUUUCCAAUCAAAUACAUACAGAAUAUUCAGAAGAAUAUGUUUCAAAAAAUAAUGAAUUCAAUAAAAAACCGUCAGAGUAUGCAGUUAAUAAAUCAACUGAAUCAUUUCAUAAUCGACAAUUAUCUGAAAAUGACAGAACUCGAAACAAUGAUAUAGAGGAAAAUUAUAAUAUUCCUAAGAUGGAACCUAGACAUGGGCAUCCUUCUGUUCCUUUACCUUUUCCUGGACAGUCAAGGAUGAUACCAGGACAGGGUAUGGCCCAAACCCCUGGACCAACACCUACAUUGAAUCAGUUAUUACAGUCAUCGAGUCCUGUUCACAGAAUUCAUAGUAACUAUUCAUCAACUCUGGGUCCAGAAUCUUAUCAGCAACCAUGGGCUGUUCAAAGACCCACAACAGUAUCGUCUUUAUACUCUCAACCUUGUCAGAGACCACCUCAAACGAGCUCGCCGAGGUUGCAUAAUCAGGGUGUUACCAGUUCACCUACUUCGUCAUCUUAUCCAGGAUUUAAUCAACGCUUUUCUGCUCCAAUUAGACCACAUGCGCCGUAUAGUCAUCACCAGGUUAACACGUACAAUUUAAACUCUGGACCUUCUACAAACUUGUUUCAAGAGCAAAGAACUUGGAACCAAGGAAGUAACCCAAGUAUACAGGGGCCUAUGGCUAAUUCUAUAGCAUCAACUUCUAAUUCUCCUCAACGAUCCAUGUCUCGAUCACCAGCUCCGCCACCAUCAUCUCCCCAGCCAUCCAGUCAACAACAGGAAUUAUCUGGUCAAAAUAGUAAUGAUAGUUCAAGUGGUCCAGCUGGCCCAACAACUCCUAAUUCACAAACAAUGAGACCUACUCCAUCUCCAACAGGUUCUACAGGGUCUAGAUCGAUGUCUCCAGCUGUCGUGUCUACUGAAGAAUCUCCUUAUACACCUAAAUCUCGGAAAGAUUUGAUAAUGUUUCAUAACCACCCAUGCCCACCUCAAAGUACAGUCGCUUCUACACCAGCUGGUAUUAAUACUAUGCACGAAGAGUAUUCAGAUAUUCAUAAUCCGAAUUGGCCAAGGCCUCCGGCGAGUCCAAUGUACAGCAGCCAUGUUACUCAGGACCCAUACCGAUCUAAGAAAGCAGAUAGUUUAUCAAAACUUUAUGAGAUGGAUGAUUCAGUUGAACGCCGAGCCUGGCUCGAUAAACUAAUCAGUUUCAUGGAAGAACGCCGAACACCUAUUACAAGCUGCCCAACUAUAUCUAAGAAUCCUUUAGAUUUGUUCCGCUUGUAUAUUUACGUUAAAGAAAGAGGUGGUUUCAUAGAAGUGUGUAAGGUAACGAAAAAUAAAACAUGGAAAGAUAUAGCAGGUCUCUUGGGAAUAGGUGCAAGCAGCAGCGCCGCUUAUACGUUGCGAAAACAUUACACCAAACAUCUACUCGCUUAUGAAUGCCACUUUGAUCGCGGAGGUGUUGAUCCGCAGCCUAUAAUUAAUCAAGUUGAAGCUGGCACUAAAAAGAAAGGUUCAAAAACAACUUCUUCAAUUCCAUCACCUGGAUCUUCAAAUUCUCAAGAUUCGUACCCAGCUGGUAACUCAAACUCUUCUCUGGAUGCUUUUGCUAAUUUUCAAAAUAGUUAUACUGGUAAUUCCACUGCUGCUUCAUCUACUGAUUAUAAUCCACACUCUCCAAGACCACCAAGCCAAAGCAGUGCAUCUUCUCACCACGUUAUUCAACAACAACCGUAUGCUAAUCCACCAGCGUUUACUAAUUACUCUCAAGACCAGUAUAUUCGCUCACAAAAUGUCGCUGCUUCGCAACAAAACGAAUUUAUUCAACCAUACUCAUCUCGACCACAUUAUUCUUCAUAUUCAACAGAUUUAGAAAGAAAUUACAACGUAAGUAGUACAUCUACUAAUAGUUCGACAAGUCAAGACAUAUUCAAUCGCUAUGGAGGCAAUCAACAGCAUAAUGUAAGAAAUGCUUAUUCUCCUGGUGUGCAACCGCACAAUAGUGCUAUACCUCACUCUGUUGCACCACCUCAAUCUACAUCUCAAAUACAACCAACGCAAGGAGGUCCAUUUACGAGUUCUCAAGAUUAUUAUAGAGCUGAUCAGACUUACAAUUCUAAUUUGGGAAGCUCAAUAUUUGCAAAUCCUGCAGGAGUUAAUAAAAAUAUGCCACCACCUGCUUUGGGUCCACAAACCCCUCGUCGACAUCCCGACUUUGUGAAAGAUCAACAAUAUCCAAUUUACACCCAACCCAGAUCAUCAUAUACAGGGUGGCCUGGAGGAAAUAAUCAAUUUAAUUCCGGUUCGAGUGUGAGAAUGCAAUACCCAAACACUCAAACUCAACUACAAUCAAAUCCUCCACAUCAACAAGUUCCACCAACUCAAAUUGUUACUAUGUCUACAAUUUCACCAGCGAUUAAUUCUAAUUCUCAAUAUUCAUGGAACAAUCAACAGAAUAUUCGUUCUUUAUCUCAAAGUAUAAGUUCUUUGCAUUCUCCACCUCUUUGGGAUAACCGAUGUGCUCCAUCACCAUCUCUAUAUACAUCAUCUAAUAUGAAUCAGAAUCAAUUUGGGAUGGGCCCGCAAAACAAUCAUCAAUCUUUAACAAAAAGAGAAGUAGCAUUUCCCAUUGAGAGUGUUGAAUCAGUUACACCUUUAUCUUAUAAAAGGAGGAAAUUAUUACGAAGUGAUAUACCUCCCGUUGAAGCAUGGAGAAUCAUGAUGGCUUUACGAUCUGGUUUAUUAGCUGAGAGUUGUUGGGCUCUAGACGUUCUCAACGUUUUAUUAUUUGAUGAUUCAUCAGUACAGUAUUUUGGUCUAUCUAGUUUACCUGGACUAUUAGACAUUUUAUUGGAACACUUUUCUCGAUCUUUAUCUGACAUGUUUGAAAACGAAGAAGAUCAAACAAAUUGUUCAAAUACAGAAACAGACUUAUGCAAAUCUAUAAUUGAUCUUGGUAUAGUUUCCGCGCCUGAUGAUCUUGACAGAAGUAUGAAAAUAAUUUCUUCAACUAAUUAUUCAUUGUUGUCUCGCAAAGGAAAACCUGUUAAAAUUAUACCGAGGAAUGACGAUAUAUUUAUAUCAGAUUCACAAAGGUUAUGGGAUCAUCAAGCAUACGAUGCUGAUGCUGAGCCUUGGCAUAUUGAUACUAAUUCCAUCAAUUACAUUAUAACAUUUUUCGAAGCUCAAAUGAAAAAUCGUCAUUCAAAAGAAUAUUCAGAAUAUGGUAAACAAUCGAAUGUGGAUACAAAACUAAAAUUAAAUGGUUCAAGUAACAAUAAUCAUGAAGAAAUACAUAAAACUAUUGAAAACCCAUCAGUUCAAAGUGGAUCAUCUUCAAAAGUGUCUGAAAUAACAAGUGAAGAAUUGAAAAAUACUCAAGAAAAUAAGAAAAAGAAAAUGAAAAACUUGAAUCAAGUUCUUUUUAGAAUUACCAAAACUCCACUGAAGCCAACUGAAUCUACUUCGAUUAAAUUGGAAGAUGAAAAUUCAAACGAAAAAAAUUCUGAAUCCCAAGACUCAGAAAAACAAGUUGAAAAAACGAAUGACUCCUCGCCGGAUAACAUUGGUCAAACUCCGAAGUCUGAAACUCAAUCAAAUAAAAAAGAUUGCGAAGAAAUAAAGAACCUUCGUGAUUCGGAUGUCGAAGUCUCCAAUGAAAGUUCUUCAAACAAAAGUGAAUCACAAUUAAAUUUAAAUAUACGAGAUCCAGCAGGUACUCUCAAACGCAAGCAGCUUAAUGAUUAUGAAGACGAAAGUUACUCGAAAGACGAAGCGAGUUUAUACCUCGUUUCUGAACUUCAAGAUAAAAUAGCUCGAAGAUGUGUGUGUCUUUCCACGAUUCUUCGAAAUUUAUCUUUCAUUCCUGGAAAUGAAAUGGAAUUCGCUAAAAAUAUUACAUUUUUGAGCAUGUUUGGUAAAUUAUUAUUGCUUCAUCAUGAUCACCCUAUUAGAAUUCAAAAAACGCGCAAUUACGAUCGCGAAGAAGAUGCUGAUUUUACAGACUCAUGUAGCAGCUUACAAAUAGGAAAUGAAUGGUGGUGGGAUUUUUUGUGCCACAUUCGUGAAAACUUUUUAGUUAUAGCAUCAAAUAUUGCUGGAUACUUAGAUUUAAGCCUCUAUCCAGAAGAAGUUUCACGACCAAUUUUAGAUGGUCUUUUACAUUGGUCAAUUUGCCCAGCUGCUCAUGGACAAGAUCCAUUUCCAACUGUCAAUAAUAAUUCAACUUUGUCUCCUCAAAGAUUAGCUCUUGAAGCUCUAUGUAAAUUAUGUGUUACUGACAGCAAUGUAGAUCUCGUUGUAGCUACUCCACCAUUUUCUCGACUUCAAAAAUUAUGCUGUGUUCUAUCACGCUUUUUAUGCAGAAGUGAAGAGCAAGUUUUGAGAGAAUUCAGUGUUAAUUUACUAUAUUUCCUAUCAUCUGCUGAUAGUGGAGUUACUCGAACUAUAGCUCUACAAACACCAUGUAUAGGUUUAUUGGUGUCAUUUAUUGAACAAGCUGAAAAUACUGCCCUAAAUGUAGCUAAUCAACACGGCAUAGCAGCUCUUCGAGAAAAUCCAGAAUCUAUGGGCACAAGUUUAGAUAUGUUGCGUAGAGCAGCUGGUACGCUUUUGAAUCUUUCUAAACAUCCUGAUAAUAGACCGUUACUUUUCCAACAUGAAACUCGUUUGCUUGCUCUUGUGAUGAGCCAAAUAUUAGAUCAGCAAGUUGCAGCUAUUAUCGCACGAGUUCUUUUCCAAUGUUCUCGAAUGACUUAGAUAUAUUAAAUAAAAUUAAAAUAUCUUAAUUAAUUUACAAACCACAUAUAUAUAUUUUAGAUUUUAA